AUGAAGACUCUCAGAGCACUCCUCGUCGUCACUGCUAUCGUGUUUAUCACGCUUAGUCAGGAAGUCUAUUGUAAAGAAAUUGUUAAUGCAGCUAACAGUAACCACGCUGGACCCGAGAAGAUAAUUCAGUUAUUUGCUAAACGUCGUCUAGUCCUCAAAAAACGGCAAAACAAUAAUAUACAAGUCCCCCCACUUCCAGACACGAGCCAGUUACUCACAGUGCCACAGCUGCCUUCCUUACCACCGCUCUCACUGACUCCUGCGGCUGCUCCGGCCGCGGCUCCCGCUUUGGCUCCGGCUCCAGCUCCAGUUCAAGGUUAUCCGAAUCCAGUUCCUUAUUACAGUCUGGUGCCUGCCGUUGGUUCCGCUCCUUCCACUGGCGAUAAAGAUAAAGAUGACGACGAUGACGACGAUGAUGAUGAUGACGAUGAGGAGGAGGAUGAUGAUUGA